GAUGUGAGGACCUCCCCUUUAAACGCUACAGCUCUCUCGCUCGGUCUCUAUCCCUCUCACUCACUUACAACCAGACGCGUUCAGACGAGCUUUACUGUUCUUCUCAUGUUCUUCUCAUCUGUUCUCCAGCAGCACGUUCUUCAUCACAUUACUGGCGCCUGCCUUCUGGUCCUCGUGCAACAUUGUAACAUUCGCGAGAACCGCGUCUGGAGUACCACCGUAAUUUAACGCUGAAAUCAAAAACAGGUGUUGAGAACAUCAAGAUCAUUGCUGUCCAUGGGCCACCUGUAAAUCCAGAUACCUGACCUCAUUAUAGGUCACCAUUGGACACUUUGAGGACCAUUGGGAGUCUUUGUGUCCUUCACUGUUGGACAUUCACGAGCAGAAUAGAAUGGCAAAGUGGUUAAAGGACUAUUUAAGUUUUGGGAGCAAACGAGUUCCCCCGCAACCGCCAAAACCAGACUACAGCGAGAGUGAGAUAUUGAAGGCGUAUCGUGCACAGAAGAACCUUGACUUUGAAGACCCUUAUGAAGACUUUGAGAACAGAGCUAGAAAUGACAACGGGGCGACUGAAACGUCCCACAUGGGCUUCGGCUCUCCUCUGAAAUCCUCAAGUCUGGAUAUCAAGGUUGUGUCACCAAAACAUCGCCUCAUAAAGGUGGACUCGCAAGACCUGGGACGGAGCAAGAUUCUCCUAAGCUCCGUGUCUUUAGAGGAACCAUCAGAUCCGGUGGUUCCUUCGGCUCCAGUCAUGGGGGAUACCGACUACUCCGACCCAUUCGAUGCUCGUUUGGACCCGCGUCCUGAAACCGCUCAAGGCCCGAUCACUCCCGAGAACAACGGCUACAUGGAGCCCUACGAGGCCCAGAAAGUGAUAACCGAGCUGCAGAGGAGAGCUGGUGGUGGAGCAGGAGGCUGGGGGAGAGGGGAGGUCCAACUCUAUGACACCCCGUAUGAGGAGCGUGUCCCAGGGCAGCCGGAUCUGCCUGAGGAGGGGAGGGAGAGCAGGCUGCCGCAGGACGACGAGAGGCCCGCUGACGAAUACGACCAACCGUGGGAGUGGAAGAAGGAACACAUCUCCAAGGCUUUUGCAGUGCAGUUUGAGGGUGCUGAGUGGGACCGUUCCUGUUCUCCCACAGAGCGCCUGAGGUGUCCCAGGCCUCUGCCAACCACAGGCAGCAUGAAGCUACGCAAGCCCAGCGAACCUCAUUCAAUGAUCGGCGAGAGAGUGGAUCCCACCCUGCCCCUAGAGAAACAAGUAUGGUAUCACGGCGCUCUCUCGCGCUCAGAGGCCGAGUCUCUACUGACCCUCUGUAAGGAGUGCAGUUAUUUGGUACGAAACAGCGAGACCAGUCGCUUGGACUACUCUCUCUCUCUGAGGAGCUGCCAGGGAUUCAUGCACAUGAAGUUCAGCCAAUCCAAAGAUGGCCGCUAUAUCCUGGGCCAGAACAGCCCUCCAUUCGACACCAUCCCCGAAGUGAUCCACUAUUACACCACACACAAACUCCCCAUCAAAGGAGCCGAACACUUGUCCUUGCUCUUCCCUGUGCUGGUUCAGACUCUCUGAUUGGUCAGAGCACUGCAGUCCUCAGUGCUAUGGGAGGAAACAUACAGCCGAGGGAUAUGCCAUUGGAAGUGAAGAGUUCAACACAAUCAGCAACAACGUACACAAACUUUUUGGUCCCUCAUGUUUUUAAUUGUACAACAGCAUCUGGUUGAGGACAUCAACUUCUAAAAUGGACAUGUCAGAUCAAAUUCUAGUUAGAUCUGCUCACAUGCUAUUUCACGUUCUUUUUAAUAACACUUUUCCACCUCACCGAAUGACCCUCCUAUGAACCGUACCAGACUGGUGGCUUGUGUUCAGUCGGUGUUAUUCUCCACUGGGACGGUGGAUUAGCCGCUCUAAUGUUUAUUGAUCGAUUAGCAGCCUCUUAGGAUGAGCAGACGGGCCUCUGUAUUUUUAUAGCUGCUGUAAAAGACACUUCAACAUGGCUGUUUAUGACUAUCCACUCUUUAAAGUGUGUAAAGCCUUUUGGUUGUAGUAAAGGCCCUUGAGACCACACACAAAUGUCUGGUCUUCUCAAGACAGUAGUCCUCAGAAAGCCCUUUUAAUUCUUACAUUGUCUUUGUUUGACUUUGUCACAGUGGCUGGUCGUAGAUCAGUGCAUGUCGGCAACUUAUGUUGAGGACAGUAGCUGAUUCUAACUGAUAAAAAAAUCAAUGAUGUGAUGUUUGAAUCAUGAUCAUCUGCAGAGAUGUUCCUGUAAUUGGUAUGUUAGGUCACUGAUACAGUAAAAUGCUGAAAAUGUGUUUCUGUAGCUGCUGUUUUAAACUGAUGUGUUCUAUAAUAAACUUUCUAA